GAAGGGCUGGACUAUGUAUCCUUGAUGCUCAACCUGUUGGUGAAUUUCAAGGAGCUGAAGUCUGUCGCUCGUCUCUGAGCUCCCUCUGUCUGGCUCACAGAGCUCAUCCAUAACAAAAUGUCUGACACCGAAGAAGUCUUGGACGAGGAAGUUCAGGAUGGAGACGAGUCAAAGCCCAAGCCGAAGUUUAUGACAAAUAUCUCUGCGCCAAAGAUCCCUGAUGGGGAAAAAGUGGAUUUUGAUGACAUCCACAGGAAGCGUCAGGAGAAGGAUCUGUCUGAGCUGCAGUCUCUGAUUGAAGCUCACUUCAUCCAGAGGAAGAAAGAGGAAGAGGAGCUCAUCGCCCUCGUCAACCGAAUCGAGAAACGUCGCGCUGAGAGGGCAGAGCAACAGAGGGUCCGGGCAGAGAGAGAGAAAGAGAGGCAGGCCAGACUUGCGGAGGAGAAGGAACGGAAGGAGCAGGAGGAGCAGCGCAAGAAGUUCGAUGACGAUGCCAAGAAGAAGAAGGCCCUCUCAAACAUGACCCAGCAGUACAGUGCUGGACAAAAGAGCGAGAGCAGAAAAGGAGGCAAGAAACAGACCGAGAGGGAGAAGAAGAAGAAGAUCUUGGCCGACCGCAGGAAGGCUCUAAAUAUUGAUCACCUGAACGAGGAAAAACUCAAGGAGAAGGCGAGCGAGCUGUGGCAGUGGCUGAUGGGACUGGAGGCUGAGAAGUUUGACCUCAGUGAGAAACUCAAAAGACAGAAGUACGAUAUCAACCAACUUCUUGCCCGAGUCCAGGACCACCAGAGUGCCAAAGGUCGCGGCAAAGGCAAGAUGGCUGGCCGGCUGAGGUAAAACAGCAGCAAGACUGGGACGAGGCACUGAUUGGCCCACGGGUCUAUCAUGUGUGUUUUCAUUGUUCUGUUGUGUUGGGUUACAUGUCAAUUACCAUGAUAUCAAAACAAUCAAUGUGUCAUUACAUCCUCUCUGCUGCCUCUCUGCAAACCAUGCAAGAUGUCUGUUUCUGUGUAAUUAAAGAUAUAAUAUGUAAGAUUUCUGCAUUAAAAUGUCAAACAAUGA